GAACAGGCUCUGAGCGUGGAGUGUGGGAAGAUUUGCUCUGUUUUGGUUUUAUGAUUAAAAAAAACGUCGAAAGAACAAUAGCAAAGCUAUGGACGAGGCGCCAUCUUGUAUUUCUGAAGAUCUGAAGAAGUUUAUCGUAACCUCCGCUCCCCCGGUGGUCUAUUACAUCCCCGAUUUCAUAACGGAGGAGGAGGAAUCGUACCUGCUUCAGCAUGUUUACAAAUCCCCCAAAACAAAAUGGACACAGCUUUCGGGCAGGCGUCUUCAAAACUGGGGAGGACUUCCGCACCCAAAAGGAAUGAUCGCUGAGAAGAUCCCGGAAUGGCUUCAAACUUACUGCGGAAAAAUCUCACGUCUCGGUGCGUUUAGCGGCAAAACGGCGAACCAUAUUUUGCUAAACGAAUAUAAACCAGGAGAAGGAAUUAUGCCUCAUGAAGACGGACCGCUUUACCAUCCAACUGUGACGACAAUAAGCCUGGGAUCGCAUACUUUACUAGACUUUUACAAGCCCUUGAGCGGUAGUUCACAGGAGGGGCAGCUACCACAGACAGAAGAAAACCGCUACCUGUUUUCUUUACUGGUUAAGCAGAGAAGUUUGUUGAUUUUGCAAGAGGACAUGUACAGAUCGCUGCUACACGGGAUACAGGGAUGCAAAGAGGAUGUGUUGACUGAGAAAGUGGUGAAUUUGACCGAAGCCGGGGCAAAAACUGGAGAGAUCGUGAGCCGAGGGACCAGAGUGUCACUGACGAUCAGACAUGUGCCAAAAAUCAUCAAGAACAAGCUCGUGCUGGGACGAAAGUGA